AUGGCUCGUACCAAGCAAACCGCCCGCAAGUCCACCGGUGGCAAGGCCCCCCGUAAGCAAUUGGCCACCAAGGCUGCCCGCAAGUCCGCCCCGGCUACCGGCGGUGUGAAGAAGCCCCAUCGUUACCGCCCUGGUACCGUCGCUUUGCGUGAAAUCCGUCGCUACCAAAAGUCGACGGAGCUCUUGAUCCGCAAGCUUCCCUUCCAACGCUUGGUGCGUGAAAUCGCCCAAGACUUCAAGACCGACUUGCGUUUCCAAGGCUCGGCUGUGUUGGCCUUGCAAGAAGCUGCCGAAGCUUACUUGGUCGGCUUGUUCGAAGACACCAACUUGUGCGCGAUCCACGCCAAGCGUGUCACCAUCAUGCCCAAGGACAUCCAAUUGGCUCGCCGUAUCCGCGGUGAACGCUCUUAA